GCGCCGGGAAGAUGAGGGGAUAAUGGAUCCCUACUCCGCACGCUAUUUUGGACGGACACAGCGAACCCCUCGCAAGUGGGUCGUAGUAAUCCCUCCAAGACAUUGGUUUUGGGGGAUCUCCAAGGCAUCGAUAAAGAUGCCAGGUUGCCACUAAAGUCAAUUUUAUGCGGCAUACGUGAUGAGGCCCAAAACUUAGGCACGAUGCAGCCAAUGCAGCGCAACACUACGAUAGGCAGUUCCCCGCCUCCAACAACCCCACUUCCCAGGACCAUGGAACCAACCAUGAACGUAUUCCAACAGCUAAACAGGUAAUCCUACAACCAUUCCAUAUAUCGUCACCCACUUCACACAUACAGGGUACCCCUAAACCACAUAACCACUCUCACCACCAUGCCUCCCCUACGAACCAAAGUCUUCAUCAACGUCGACCUCGGCGAAGGCUACGGGAACUUCAAAUGCGGCCCGGACGAAGAACUCAUCCCCCUCAUCGACCAGGCCAACGUAGCCUGUGGAUUCCAUGCCGGUGACCCCCUAAUAAUGCAAGAAACCGUCUCCCUGUGCAAAAAGCACAACAUAUCGAUCGGCGCCCACCCCGGCCUCCCCGACGUGCAAGGCUUCGGCCGACGCGAAAUGAAGCUCAGCCCGGAAGAACACACCGCCAACAUCAUCUACCAAGUCGGGGCGUUACAAGGCUUCCUAGCACGCGAAAACAUCCCCCUCCACCACGUCAAGCCACACGGCGUGCUCUACGGCAUGAUGUGUCGCGACCUGGAAAUCGCGCGGGCUGUCAUAAGGGGAAUACCAGCCGGGGUCCCGGUAGUAGGACUAGGAGGAACAUACAUGGAGCAAGCGGCGAAGGAGCUGGGGGUGCCGUUCUGGGCGGAGCUGUUCGGAGAUGUCAAGUACGGGCCGGAUGGGAUGCUGGUGAUUGAUCGGAAGAAGAAGCCGUGGAAGAUUGAAGAUGUCAAGGCGCAUGUGAGGCAGCAGGUGGAGGAUUCGUCGGCCACGGCUGUUGAUGGGUCGGUGGUGCAGAUGGGGGUUAAGGAUUAUCCGGUUACCAUUUGUUGUCAUUCGGAUUCGCCGGGGUGUUUGGAGAUUGUGAAGGCGACGAGGGAGGUGGUUGACGAGUUUAAUAAGGCGAAUGGGUUUGCGUGAUGGGCGGUGGGACGGGGGAAGUGAUGGCGUUUAGUGUUGAAUAGAAUGAUUAGUUGAUCAAAGCUUCG